AUGGCCAGAUCUACAGAGCAGCUGCAUCAGAAAAAUGACAAAUUCCUUACGGUAGCCUAUUAUCAAUCAAUUAUUGAUUUUUCUCGACUUGUGAAACAUAAAAUAUUCCAGCAGUAUGUGGCUACUCGUUGGUACCGUGCGCCCGAACUGCUCUUCUCGAUGAUCGACUACGAUACUAAGGUAGAUAUGUGGUCAGCUGGAUGUAUUUUUGCCGAGAUGAUUAUGCGAAGGCAAAUAUUUCCCGGGAAAGAUGGGGUUUCACAAGUUAAAAUGAUCGUCUACUAUUUGGGUACUCCUGAAGAACGAGUUAUGCAACAAAUUACCUCCGACAUCGUACUUGGAUGGAUUGAAAGUUGCGGGAAGAAGGAACCGCUCCCAUGGCAAGCUAUACUCCCAAAAGCGACUCCAGAAGCUUUGGAAGUCAUUGACAGAAUGCUUCAAAUCUCUCCGUGGAAUCGAUCCACAGCUGAGGAAGUGUUGGCGUUACCAUACCUCUCUACCUAUCACGAUCCAGCUUUCGAACCUACAUGUCCAAUCAAGUAA